AUGGCGAAGGCCAUCGUCGCGGAGGCCAUGGCGCGGCAGGCGGUGUCAUUCGUCCUCGGCGCUGCCACGGCGCUCACCCUUGUCUUGCUCGUCCAGUACCGGGCACCGGCGGAGGGGCUGAGCCGCGCCUGGACGCACGGACAGAUUUCCGGCCGGAGAUCGUCGGACGAGCAGUACCACCGCCGCAACGAUACGGCUCAUACUGUUCAUCACGCGCCGUCGCUUGCGGUAGCAGGAGACGAUCAUGGCCUUCAUCAGGCUGACACCACACUGAAGGUCAAUUCUUCUUUUGCUACUGCUACUACUCAUGCUGCUGUCGUUCCUAGUGAUCUUCUUUCAAUUAAGCAGAGAGGCGCGGAGGAGGCGGAGGAGUUCCGGGGGCUGGCGGCGGCAGUGUCGCGAGCAGCGACGGACGACCGCACCGUGAUCAUCACGUGCGUGAACCAGGCCUGGGUGGCGCCAGGCUCGCUGCUGGACCUCUUCCUGGAGAGCUUCCGCAUCGGCGACGGCACGGCCCGGCUCCUGCCGCACGUCCUGGUGGUGACCAUGGACCCGGCCGCCCACGCGCGCUGCCUGGCCAUGCACCGCCACUGCUACCAGCACACCAUCCCGGGAAUCAACCCCGACUUCUUCGGCCCCGAAGAGUGGCUGGAUCUGGUGUGGAGCAAGCUGAAGCUCCAGCGCCGGAUCCUGGAGCUCGGCUACGGCUUCCUCUUCACCGACGUCGACGUGAUGUGGCUACGCGACCCGUUCAAGCACGUGACGGCCUACGCCGACAUGACCAUCUCCUCCGACAACUACUUCGGGGACCCCGACAACAUCGACAACCUGCCCAACACCGGCUUCUUCCACGUGAAGCCGAACCGGCGGACGAUCGCCAUGACGAAGCUGUGGCACGAGUCCAGGGGAAGCUACCCGGGCAUGAACGAGCAGCCGGUGUUCAACGCGAUCAAGGCGCGGCUGGUGGCGGAGCUCGGGGUCCGGCUGCGGUACCUGGACCCGGAGCACAUGGGUGGGUUCUGCAGCUACGGUAAGGAUCUGGGGAAGAUUGUGACCAUGCACGCGAACUGCUGUGUGGGGUUGAGCAAGAAGAUGAGGGAUCUGAGGGGGGUUCUGGAUGACUGGAGGAACUAUACCAUGUUGCCGUCCUGGGAGAAGCACCGGGCCAAGUGGACCGUGCCCGGCGCCUGCAUCAAGUGA